UCCCCGGUAAAUGUAACCUUCCACCGUUCCCUCCAUCCUCGAUUCCUUGACCACCUCCAAAUCCAACUCCACGUUCAAAUCUCUCUCUCUCUCUCUCUCUCAGAGGUAGAAGACGCCAUGGACGACCAUUCUCCCACGAUUUAAACCUCGCCUUCCUCUUUCCUUUGCUGUCGAUCUCGCCCGUUCCCCCGUGCAGCCUCUUUUGUAAUCAGGUUCCCCUUAUAUCUCUCUAUCUUGGGUGGGUGUGCGGGACACAGAGUGGGAUCGGGGAGGCGGAAGGCGGCGGCGGCAGAAAGAUGGUGAGGUUGCCGUAUCUGACCGCCCUGACCACCCUCUUCAGCUACGGUCUCCUCUUCGCCUUCGGCCAGCUCAGGGAUUUCUUCCGGAAGAUCAUCGAUUGGUUCAAAUCCUCCUCCAAGGACCUCAAGGGGUAUGCGCCGAUCUGCUUAGGGCUCGAAGAUUUUUAUACCCGCCGCCUCUAUCUCCGCAUUCAGAAUGAGAAUGAUCAUUAGGGCUGCAAGGACAUGAUGACAUAAGUACAAUGAUCGUACAUGACUGUUUUAGCCGGCCAAUUGCCAGUGCACCGGAUGCUUGGAUCGAUGUUGUUGAACGAUACUCUAAUGACAAUAACAAGACAUUGCAUCGGACCUCGAACACUACCAAGUGCCUUAAUCUGGGAUCAUAUAACUACCUUGGUUUUGCAGCAGCUGAUGAAUACUGCACACCCCAUGUUAUUGAUUCUUUGAAGAAAUACUCUUGCAGCACCUGCAGUGUCCGUGUAGAUGGUGGCACGACUGACCUACAUACUGAGCUGGAGGAGCUGGUCGCAAGGUUUGUGGGAAAACCAGCUGCUAUAACUUUUGGCAUGGGUUAUGUGACAAACUCUGCCAUUAUUCCUGUGCUGAUUGGGAAGGGAGGACUGAUUAUUAGUGAUUCUUUGAAUCAUAACUCAAUUGUCAAUGGUGCUCGAGGAUCAGGUGCAGCAGUACGUGUCUUCCAGCACAAUAAUCCCUCGCACUUGGAAGAGGUGCUGAGAGAGCAGAUAGCUGAGGGACAGCCCAGAACACAUAGGCCCUGGAAGAAGAUUAUUGUUAUUGUUGAGGGCAUCUACAGCAUGGAGGGAGAACUUUGCCAGCUUCCUGAGAUUAUAGCUGUUUGCAAGAAAUAUAAGGUCUACACUUACUUGGAUGAGGCCCACAGCAUUGGUGCAGUGGGAAAAACUGGCAGAGGGGUUUGUGAGCUCCUAGGAGUGGAUCCAGCUGAUGUAGACAUCAUGAUGGGCACAUUUACAAAAUCAUUUGGAUCUUGUGGAGGAUAUAUUGCAGCAUCGAAGGAAAUCGUUCAAUAUUUGAAGUACACUUGUCCAGCAUAUCUUUAUGCGACUUCCAUGUCACCACCAGCAGUGCAGCAAGUUAUAUCUGCAAUUAAAGUUAUUCUUGGAGAAGAUGGGUCAAAUAGAGGGGCCCAGAAACUUGCCCGCAUUCGUGAAAAUAGUAAUUUCUUCCGAUCAGAACUUCAGAAGAUGGGUUUUGAAGUUCUUGGUGAUGGUGACUCACCGGUUAUGCCAAUAAUGCUUUACAACCCAGCAAAGAUUCCAGCCUUUUCUAGGGAAUGUCUCAGGCAGAAUGUCGCUGUUGUGACUGUUGCAUUUCCGGCCACACCUCUUCUUCUUGCAAGGGCUCGUAUUUGUAUUUCGGCUGCACAUUCCAGAGAGGACCUGACCAAAGGGCUGGAGGUUAUCAGCAAAGUCGGCGACCUUGCGGGUAUCAAAUACUUCCCUGUGGAACCACCCAAGCAUGAAACACAGGGCCACAAGAAGCUGGAGUAGAAAAUUCUCGGUUGUCGGUGAACCGAAAAUUCCCCUCACUGGAAGCAAAUUCAACUAAUCACAAAGUUGUCUAUGUUCGGGUCUUCCCUUAAAAGCCAUGUUUGUCCAUCAGAAGCUAAAUUAGGUUAUCCACAUUUAAUCGUCAUGGUAUUUGCUUAUGUACAGUUAGCUCAGUAAGUCGUGCUAAUUAAACAUGCUUUCUUAUUUUUGUUUAACAUCCCUUCUAUCAAUGUGGAAGUUGCAAACCAUGUCCCCCCUGUACUAUGUUCAAAUGGUUGAGUUAAUUUGUAUUAAACAGCAAUGGAUUCCACAAGCAGCUUUUACAUUCA